CCACGUUGCGCGCUACAGAGUGGCGACCCCGCGAGAGUAUUCUAGGCCGCUAGUGUGAUCAAACAGAUCCGCUUCAUUCCUGGGAACAUCAUCGAGAUUAGAGGUGGGCUCUCAACUUUAUUCCAAUGGUGGACGGGGGUCCUUUGAAUCUGGAUUGAGGUGCCGAUAGCCGCAUUCACGCCCGAAGAAGUGGAGACUCGCAGCAGGAAGAUCUUGUUCAAGGCUGUAAGAGAUUGGAGCAACAUCUGCUGCUUUAUAAUAGCAGGCUUGGUGAUCAAGCGUUAGAGCGGCUCUGAGGGCCAGUGGAAACCCAGGUGGGGCCAGGGCUCAGCAAGCGCAGGGCCAGUCAAGGCGUUUCACAACCAUGGAUGUUGAUGAGGAGGAGAACAUGAGUUCAUGCAGCACCGACGUAAAGGAAAACCGCAACCUGGACAACGUCUCUUCAAAGGAGGGAGCUGGCCUCGUGGAGCAGCUCCCCAACGGUAGUGGAGGAGGGGGUCGCAAGCGGCCCCUGGAGGAGGGCAACAAUGGCCACGCACACUCCAAAUUCAGACCCAAGAAACGUAAGAAAACGCCAGGGCCGGUUCUGCCCAAGAACGCCCUGAUGCAGCUGAAUGAGAUCAAACCGGGUUUGCAGUACAAGCUGCUCUCGCAGACCGGCCCGGUCCAUGCGCCGGUGUUCGUCAUGACUGUUGAGGUUAACGGUCAGUUGUUCGAGGGCUCAGGGCCUACGAAGAAAAAGGCCAAGCUGAACGCUGCCGAGAAGGCACUGCGCUCCUUUGUGCAGUUCCCAAACGCAUCCGAGGCGCACCUGGCCAUGGGCCGUACGCUCACCGUCAACACGGAUUUCACCUCCGACCAGGCUGACUUCCCUGACAUGCUCUUCAAUGGGUUUGAGACGCCAGCACCGUCCGAGGACACGUUUUUUCUGGGCUCCAAUGGCAACGGCUCCUUAAAACCGCUGGGAGAGUAUCCCGUGCCCCAGGCGCCUGGUACGAACAGCCUCGUGCAGGCGCCGCUGCCGCCGCCCUCCUCCUCGACCAGCGGCAAAAACCCUGUCAUGAUUCUCAACGAGCUGCGGCCGGGCCUCAAAUACGACUUCGUGUCGGAGAGCGGGGAGAGCCAUGCUAAGAACUUUGUGAUGUCGGUGACCGUGGACUUGCAGACGUUUGAGGGCUCGGGCCGAAAUAAGAAACUCGCUAAAGCCCGGGCAGCCCAAGCGGCUCUGUCGGCGCUCUUCAACAUGCAACUGGACCAGACCCCAUCCCGCCAACCCAUCCCGAGAGAGGGGCUACAGCUGCACCUGCCGCAGGUCCUUGCAGAUGCUGUUUCUCGUCUGGUAGUGGAUAAAUUCAGCGAGCUCACUGACAACUUCACGUCUCCACAUGCACGACGGAAAGUUCUGGCUGGUGUUGUCAUGACAACAGGCACCGAUGUCAAGGACGCUCAGGUCAUCUGCGUCUCCACGGGAACCAAGUGUAUAAACGGCGAGUAUAUGAGCGACCGUGGCCUGGCGCUCAACGACUGUCACGCUGAAAUCAUCGCUCGCCGCUCUCUGAUCAGGUAUCUCUACAUGCAGCUGGAGCCCUUCUUAAGUAACAAUAAAGAGGAGCACCAAAAGUCCAUAUUCACGCAGUGUGACAAGCGUGGCUUCCAGCUGAAAGACAACGUCCAGUUUCAUCUUUAUAUCAGCACAUCGCCCUGCGGAGACGCCCGGAUCUUCUCUCCUCACGAGGCGGGUGUAGAGGACCAGGGAGACAGACACCCAAACAGGAAGGCAAGGGGCCAGCUGAGGACCAAGAUCGAGUCUGGAGAGGGAACCAUCCCGGUGCGCUCUAGUAACACCAUACAGACGUGGGACGGAGUCCUCCAGGGCGAGCGGCUGCUUACGAUGUCAUGCAGUGAUAAAAUCGCAAGGUGGAACGUGGUGGGUAUCCAGGGCUCUCUGAUGAGCUACUUCACUGAGCCCAUAUACUUCUCCAGCAUCAUCCUGGGCAGCCUGUAUCACGCUGAUCAUCUCUCCCGAGCCAUGUACCAGCGGAUCGCUGACAUCGAAGACCUGCCCCAGCAAUUCUCCCUCAACCGCCCCCUGCUCAGCGGAAUCAGUAAUGCUGAGGCCCGGCAGCCAGGAAAGGCUCCUAACUUCAGUGUGAACUGGACGGUGGGAGAUCAGGCUCUAGAAGUUAUUAACGCCACCACAGGCAAGGAUGACAUGGGCAGAGCCUCACGUCUCUGUAAGCACGCCCUAUACAGCCGCUGGGUGCGACUACACUCUAAGCUUUCGUCAACUCUCCGAAUCAAAGUGCCCAAGCCCAGCUCGUACCACGAAGCCAAACAAGAAGCAGUGGAGUACCAUACGGCCAAGCAAACGCUCAUCAAGGCCUUUCACAAAGCGGGUCUGGGCGCCUGGGUGAAAAAACCCAUAGAACAGGACCAGUUCUCGCUGAACUCUUGAAGAGGGAACAUAAAAACACCAGGACAUGACAACGACCAGCUGUUAAUACUUCACUUGAUGUGUGGGGAUGUGUGUGUGUGUGUGUGAUGCUGUUUGUUCUCAGACAAACCAAGAGCCCUUUAGUGUCUGUCAUUUUGCUCUCUUUGUGUGAAUCAUGACUCUGCCUUUUUAAUUUGUAAUGUAGAAUCAGAUUUUCAUCUAACGUAUGUUUGUUUUGAAGUUAGCGGCAUUAGCCAUCAGCAGAUAAUAGGACGUAAUGUCUUUUGUAACUGGAAAAAGGUUUUUUGUUUUUUUUGAGAGAGGGUUGUUCUGAAAAAACCUAGAUGCCGUAAACAUGUAUGUUACGUGGCUUCAGGUCGACCAAACAGCUGUGCGCACGGGUCUGAAGGUUUCCUGGUCCAGCCUACCCAAAUGCUGGCUCACCUUUUUGAGCAUGGUUCUCCUUGAUAUGCAAAACAUAAGCAUAUUUAUAUUUUUUAUUCCAUUCCCUCCGGAUUUUAGAAGGGGAAGAAAUUCUAUCACAUAGAUCAUAACGAUACGGCAUGGUCCUUUUAGAUAGAAAAGCUUAUUUUGUCAGGACUUUAGUGUAGAAUUAGCGUAUGCCGUCUUUUUAGUAAAAUAGAUUUCAGGUUUUAAUUUGACCUCGGAGGGAAACUUGAAUUUUUGCAUAUGGUUUCUACGUAAGCUGUAUCCCCAAUUAGUGACUGAAUUGGAAAAAGGAGUAGUCUUAUGGAUGCAACCAAAGUGCAUUGAUGUUAUUAAACAAUGUGUCGUGGAUGUUGAAAUUUCUCAGAGGUCUUAAAUGCAUGUGCGAAUUACAUAAGGCUCAAAGAAAGCCCUUUAUUCUGGGUUUAAUACUUUACUGGCCUAUAACGGGACCAUUUUAGAAGCCCUACUUUUAGGUGUCUACACUGUAUUGACUUUAAGCUGCAUGGAGUCCAUCAGAUCACUCAAACCAAACAGCAGAUUUCCCAGUGAACCUGAUCUGCUAAUGUGAUCGAGUUACACAUAUGUUAAAGGAAUACUUCAUCCAAAUAUAAAAAUUAAUUCCAAGACUUCCAAAUCGUCUAAAGCUUUGUGUAAGGAAAAGACCAAACCUGGAAUCAUGAUCCAUUUGAAACGACAUGUAGGUGAGUCUAUUUCUGGAUGAGCUCUUCCUUCAACAUUCUUGCUGCAUUUAGUCACUGCAGGUUUGAGAGUAGGGCAUUGUGGGAGUUUUUCAAGAUGGCAGAAUGGUCUGUAAAAUGCACGUUUAUUAUUGAUAAAAGCCAUCUCUGCAUGCGGAAGCGAGGGUUUGCAGAGACGACUCUGAUUUUCACUUUGUCCUUGUGUCUUGUUUGAGGAUUUUUUUUUUAUUUCCUGUAUAGACCUGAAUGCCUACACGCUUAUGUAAGAGUGAAUUCAGCUGUGUCCUUGAGGAUGAGGUUUCCCCUCUGCAGACUUGUGCUGUAGAAAGGUCAGAGCCAGGAGCUCAGGUGCUCUUUGAUUUAUGGCUUAUCCAGUGCAGCAUGUUUGACUGGUAAGGUUAUUGAGAGCUGAGAAGCAGAAGUAUUUCUGUACCGAUCAUUCAUUUUUAAAGUUUGGCUUUGGUGGUUUUCAGAUUCCAGGAGUGUUGCUGUAUAAUAUAAACUCCUGGUGGGAUAUAUAUAUAACAUUUCAGUCAUAAUUUUACACUUAAAAAGGAAAGAUACAAGGCUGCAUUAGUAUUUAAAGGAGUAGUUGACCCAGAAAAAAAUUCUGUUAUUCACUCACCCUCAAACAUUUAUGCUGGAAG